CGUCCACAUUGGCGCGUCCCGGUCAGGGGUCACGAUGAUCGUACAGCCAAAGCACCGGCGCCGCGCCACCUCUCGCUGAAGAACUUUAAACUAGGUCAAGUCACGAGAUGUCAACUGUUCUUACAGAUAUAUUCCUAUGAAAACGUUAAGAUCCUGAUUGUGGCUUAUUCAUUGGGAACUAGGGUCGGACUCGAUGAGGAAAUAGACGGUCCAUUUGCUAAGAAAAAACAUGCAUUGUAA